GGGCCGAAUGUUGGUCGAAGCUGCCAGCAGAUUGAACGUCCGCACCCGUAUUUUGGACAAGGGCUUGUCGCCCGCCAAACAAAUCAAUGCAUCGGAAGUACAUGUUGAUGGCUCAUUUACUGAUUACAAGAGCAUUAAGGAGUUGGCCCUUCAAUCAGACGUAUUGACGGUUGAAAUCGAGCACGUUGAUGUUGCUGCUUUGGAGCAGGUGCGAGUUGAAACUGGAAUCAAGAUUUAUCCUUUGCCGGAAACUAUAAGGUUGAUCCAGGAUAAGUACUUGCAAAAAGAGCAUUUAAUCAAACAUGAUAUUCAGGUCGUUGAAUCUGUGGCGUUGAACGAGAAUAGUCGUGAAGAAGUUUUGAAGAUUGCUGAUAAGCUUGGGUUCCCGUUGAUGUUGAAAUCAAGAACUUUGGCGUAUGAUGGCAGAGGCAACUUUGUGGUGAAGACCAAAGACUCAAUCGAAGAAGGUCUUGAAUUCUUGAAGGACCGUCCUUUGUACGCCGAGAAAUGGUGUCCGUUUGUCAAGGAGUUGGCAGUCAUGGUUGUGAGAUCCAUCGAAGGGGAAGUUUUCAACUACCCAAUUGUGGAAACCAUCCAUAAAGAUAACAUCUGUCAUUUGGUGUAUUGCCCUGCUCCAGUGAAUGCUUCUGUAAUGGCAAAAGCCGAAAUUUUAGCCAGGAAUGCCAUCAAGACGUUUCCUGGAUGUGGCAUUUUUGGAAUCGAGAUGUUUGUGUUGGAAAACGGCGAACUUUUGAUCAACGAAAUUGCUCCAAGACCCCACAAUUCCGGACAUUAUACCAUUGACUCGUGUGUUACAUCUCAGUUUGAGGCUCACAUUAGGGCCAUCACAAACCUCCCCUUACCCAAGAACUUUACAUGCUUAACCAACUCAUCCGUUCACUCGAUUAUGUUGAAUGUUUUGGGUGAUAAAGAACAUAAUAAAGAGUUACAGGUGUGUCGCAGAGCCAUGGAAUUGCCAAACACCAGUGUGUACCUAUAUGGAAAGACAUCUAGACCCCAGAGGAAAAUGGGCCACAUCAACGUCGUCGACACUUCUAUCUCCAACUGUGAACGUAAACUUGAUUAUAUUUUAGGGGAAGCUACAUCAUAUGAAGUUCCAGUUGAAGGUGAUCAAAAGCCAUUGGUCUCUAUUGUAAUGGGCUCUGAUUCCGACUUAGUAGUCAUGUCCCAGGGUGCCGAUAUCUUGAAGAAGUUUGGAGUUCCUUUCGAAUUGACCAUUGUUUCUGCCCACAGAACUCCUAUAAGAAUGCAACAGUUUGCUAUGCAGGCCCAGGGAAGAGGUAUCAAGUGUAUAAUAGCCGGGGCUGGUGGUGCUGCCCAUUUACCAGGAAUGGUUGCUGCUUUGACCUCUUUGCCAGUGAUAGGUGUCCCUGUAAAGGGGUCCACUUUGGAUGGAGUAGACUCCUUACACUCGAUUGUACAAAUGCCUAGGGGAAUUCCUGUGGCCACCGUUGCCAUUAACAAUUCCACUAAUGCGGCAUUGUUGGCUAUCCGUAUAUUGGGUACUGAUGAUGAGAAAUGGCUCAAUGAAAUGAACCAAUACAUGUUAAACAUGGAAAGCGAGGUGUUAACAAAGGUCGAAAGGUUAGAGAGAGUUGGCUACGAGAAGUAUUUUUCUUUUGGGAAAUAGUGUCGAUAUUUACUAUAAAAUCAUCAAGUUUGUAACAUCAAUAUAUCGUUAACUCCAAAUGUAAUUUUGUUAUUUUAGGAGAAUGUAAGAAAUAACCCGUUAAAUGCCCUUUAUAUGUAUUAGAAUUUCAAUGCCUUGCCAGUCUUUUUCUUACUGUUCUUUUUCUGCUUGUACUGCAGCUUCCUGGAGUCUCUCCACCCGGAGGUUGAGAUCUUCUUAUCGGCAUUCACCGCUUCAUUAUCUUCGAGCUUACUACCAGUCUUGUCUUGCUUGUUCAACUCUUCCUUCAUUUUGUUGGCGAGUCUCUCCCGUCUCUUAUCAUCAAGGUCCUUGAACUCCUUGUUUCUCUUUAUGCUUUUGGCCCUUAACACGUUCUUGGAUCUUAAUGAUUUGGCCAUUGUAGUACAGUUGAGGAU